UCUCAACCGUACAUUCGCAAGUGCGGCGAUGGAUGUACUGAAUACAAAUUGCUCAUCGUUACCGACCUUGAUAGGGCUUCAAAAGCUGGUGACUGGACAUGGAGAGCUGUUACCCGACAAGGUCUCUUGAAGUUGGAUAUUCAUCGUAACCCUCACGUGAGCAUCAAGUGGGAACCAGACAGAAACUUGACGUCGUAA